ACAGGCGCACUUUAAGUAAGGGUUGGGGUUUACUUAAACAUAUUAUUUGAAUAAUCCACAUUAAACAAUAUAAACCAAUUGUAAUUGACGCCGGACCUUGUUUUGAUUGUCUAGAAUAUUGGGCGUUUGUGAAAAUCAAGUAAAAAUUCUACAAAUCCCCCUUUCGUGUACGAUCGUACCAAAUAGAUGCAUCGAUCUCGCUAGCAAUCAUGACUUUAUAAAACAUUUUUUUGUAAAUACUAUUUUUUUCACUUGUUCAUCUUUUUAUGAUUGUUCGACAUCGUAAAAGAUCAUGCGUCUCCUUCAUGUGGUUGUGAUUGGUGAUCAGAACAAAUCAGAAAGCCAUCCGCCAAAUGAUUAUCAAAAUAGAGCAAAUAACAUUCUGCAGCGCAUUUGCACCUUUGCUACAGCCUUUAGGUUAACGAUGUUCUUGAUCAUCCUCGUUCUUUUAGCAGCUUGAACUGCGCGCGUUUAACACAUUUUGAUUGAUUUAAGAACAAGCGCUAUAUGCAUUGUAUGGCUCCCGAUAUGAUCGCGCUCUCUUUGUCCUACGCUCACAAACCUCAAUUUACGAAACGAUCAGUUCACCACUCGAGUGCUCCCGUUCUCGCACGUACCUACGGUGGCUUUCAUACACUCGAGACACAAUAGAAAUGGCGCUCUCGGAGCAUAUUUACGGACGGCUAUAGGGCGCAGGGGAAACAAUCUAGCUACGGUGUAGAUGAUGAAUGCUGGGAGCACAAUACAAUUGACAACAAUCUCCAAUAUGCCGAUCGGCACUCAUUUGGUGGUGAGAGUGGUGCUGUCCAAUAGCUACAGUACACAGAGAGCACACGCACAAAACCCCUGGCGCACACAGCAUACAGCAGAGCUGGAACGCACAGUGGGCUGGAAUGUUUGGCCCAUUGCCCAUGUGAUGCUGCGUGAGUGAGUGUUUGAAGUUAGUACUUCCUCCCACCCGGUUGGUUUGCGCCGCAUUUACCAAUGAAAGUUAGCCGAAACGGACGGCUUCGUCGCUGCCGGUUGCCAUUACGCCAUUGACUGUGUGUCACCGAAGCGACCGACCCGGGGGGAUGAACUGCACACAACCCGCAAUUGACGACUUUCCCCGGGACCUGUUCACCGAGGAGCAGCGCCAGAAUGGGGCAGUAGUGUUACAUGCAAUCGCUAGUUUAUAUUUAUUUGUAGCUUUGGCCGUAGUUUGUGAUAAGUAUUUUGUACCUGCCGUUGAAAAGAUCUGUCAAGCGUUAAACAUGUCCAACGAUGUAGCGGGCGCUACAUUCAUGGCGGCAGCUACCUCCGCUCCAGAGCUGUUCGUCAACGUGAUCGGUACGUUCAUUACCGAGGGUGACAUUGGCGUUGGCACCAUCGUGGGCUCUGCCGUCUUCAAUAUCCUGGCAGUGGCCGCCUGCUGUGGAAUCGGCGCCGGAAUGGUAGUGCCACUGGAUUGGUGGCCGCUGACGAGAGACUGCCUGGCCUACGGUAUCACGGUAGCCAUUUUGAUUUGCAUUAUCCAUGACGAGCGAGUCGAGUGGUACGAGGCGCUGAUACUAGUGUUGCUCUACAUCGUGUACAUUGCUGUGAUGUACUAUGAUAAAUCUUUUCAAAAGUGUGCUAGAGGUGGUCUGAAGCACGCCCGCAAACGAAGAUCCCAUGACACCUCCAGCAGCCUCAAGUCCGAGUCUAGCCGAACGCAAGAGGCAAUUGAGGCGCGCACGCCGCUGCGCAUUGGACACUUCCAGCAGAACGGAAACUUGAAGAAUGUGGCCCAUAUCGAUGCACCCGCUGCGGAAUUGACGUCAUCAGCUGCGGCCGACGUAGAAAUGCAAAUUAAGCCAUUCGCAUCGAUCGACAUGCGUGCGCCGGGACCGGCAAUGGCAACCGCUACGACGGAUCUGGAAGCGAAGAAGACAAGCGCCAGUACAUCGAUCGACCCGUCGGAGGGUGAACCGGGUGACGAGAGUGUUCCGGAGCGACCACCACCACCACCCAGUCCUGCAACACCGCCGGUACAGGAACCGGACAAGGGCAACGGGGUGGACCUGAAGGAAACGGCGGUCGGUUCCUUGCCGCUUAAGGAAUGGAGUGGUGAGAACGGACACGGAACGACGGUACCGGUGGCGGAAGCUGUUGUUAGAGCACUUGAAAGUGGUACUAGCGCUAGUGCUGGGGCGGAUGGAGCGGGCGACGGAGCCGAUGGCGAUGGAGCGGGUGCACAGGAAGAGGAUGAGGAUGAGUUUAAGCUUCUAAAAUAUCCGCUUGGCAAGAGUGCGUUCAGACAGUUCUCGUGGAUCAUCACUUGGCCAAUCCAUCUGCUGUUCAUGUUCACCAUUCCGAACUGUGAGAAGCCACGCUUCCGGAAUUGGUUCCCACUGACGUUCAUCAUGUGUAUAGUGUGGAUCGGGUCGCUGUCUUACGUCGUUGCAUGGAUGAUAACAAUCAUUGGUGAUACGCUCAAGAUACCGGACUCCGUAAUGGGCAUCACGUUUUUGGCUGCGGGAACGAGCGUGCCGGAGGCCGUCUCCAGUGUAAUAGUAGCAAAGCAAGGUCACGGUUCAAUGGGUAUCAGCAACUCAAUCGGUUCGAACACGUUCGAUAUACUGCUCUGUCUCGGGUUGCCGUGGUUUAUCAAGGCAGCAUUUUCACCGAUUGAACCGGGUCACCACUGGGUCGGCAUAAACUCGGCUGGACUGGAGUAUUCGGCCAUCUCGCUGCUAUCGACCCUGCUGAUGCUGUACAUCGCUUUCUCGCUGAACAAGUUCAAGCUGGAUCGGCGGGUCGGUAACGCCUGUCUCAUCAUGUACGCCGUGUUCCUCAUUCUGGCCAGCCUGAUCGAGCUGAACGUGUUCUUCCGCGUCAAUCUGCCAACCUGCGGACGGUGAGCCACCGUAGACACGAGGGCAGUACGGGUGUGAACGGUUGUCCUUUUGCGUGUUUGCUGCAGGAACAACCAAAGCAUAGGAUAUCGAAUUAAGGCAAAGCGAAUGCAACCUGUGUCCUUCGAAUUAGCAAACAGGUUAGGGGAAAAACAUUUGGGGGGACAUUUAAGCCCUAAGAAUCUUCCACCCCCAAAAAGGGGGGAAGAGAAAAAGAUACGUGCCUUCGCUCACAGCUCCAAAGUGUGGUAGUUUUGGCCAGGAAAGAAGACCAAUUUGAAUUUAUGACCAUUCCAUUUUUCACAGCACCCAUGAUCAUCAAUGAAGUUCCAUCAGAUCAGGCAGGGAUUGCUCUUUGAUACUUUAUUUCGGUUCUCAACUACUACUUCUGAUUACGAUUACAAUUUCAACAUUUACUGAUGUCAGUAAGACUUUUGACAAACGUAAACUUUAGUCUCUCUUUAGUCUUUUAGAGUGGAUCAACUUUUAACAUCCCAAUGUUGUACGACGAAACAACUUAGUCCGAAAGUCUGUUCGUCGGUUUUUCGUUAUGGUUUGUAGAGGAGUGAUGAUCCUCGAAAGAAUGCAUUAAGGAAUCCAGCAUGCUGAACGUAGAAUCUGAAUGGAAUCGAAAAGCAUAGAAAUUACACACUGAUAAAUAUUUGUAAAUGUAAGUAAACACUCCUUCCUUCCGAAGUGAUAUCGCGCUGCGAUUCAGCUAGAUAAAAUUUGUAGAGUAAAACAUUUGACAUUUGAAGUAAUCGAAUCUGUCACUGGCACAACUUUAACGCAGACACAGGUGAGGUUGUGUGAGCGUCAGUAGUUUCCCACAGCUUUUCCAGCUGAAACUCUCACCUUCCCUCACCGCCAAAGGUUGGAGCUUGUUGAACGAAACGUAUUGCACGUGUACCACGUCACGUAGGUGUUAGCACUUGAGCUCCUCGAGAUCCCCCUUCCCACGGACGUUGUUUAAGCGGCGAAGCGCAGAUUGUAUGUAUCCCGAGUGAGCCUGGUAGAAGCGCGAUUUGUUAGUUGAUCUGUUGUAAAUAUUGUACCUCCAGCACCGGAACGCCUUCCAUGACAGCUCCCGGCACCUUCCGGGAGAUAACCCUACCCCACUAUCGUUCUCAUUCCGUUUAGUUGUACGAUCUCUUAAGAAGAGAAAAAAAAGCGCGUGUAAUCAAACAAUACUAAGAACCAAUUAAAGCAGAUUGUUUGUGUGUGUGUGUGUGUUGCAAAAAAAACCUAGUAGUGAAUUAUGAAUAUACAGAAAUACAUGUUACAUUCCUAAGAUA